UUAGGGUUUAUGGGAAUGGAGGAGGAGGAGCAAGUGAUUGGCGAUUUCAAUCGAUGGCGGCAGCGGCCAGAGCUGGCGGAGGCGGUGGCGGCGAUCAAGGCGCUCACGGCGGUCAUCCAGCGCAGCCAAGCCAGCACCAUGAUGGGCCUCGAGAUCGAGCUCAAGAACGCCUCCGAGAUGCUCAAGGCGUGGGACAGGAGCUCGAUCUCCUUGUCCGCCGGCUGCGAUCUCUUCAUGCGCUACGUGACGAGAACCUCGGCGCUCGAGUACGAGGAUAUCAAUGCCGGCAAGUCGCGAUUGAUUGAGCGGGGCGAAAGAUUUGGCGACAUUUCUCUCAAGGCUCGCGAGACGAUCGCUCUUCUUGGCCAGGAUUUCGUCCAAGAUGGUUGCUGCAUCCUCGUCCAUGGAUCGUCUCGCGUCGUCCUCGCGCUCCUCAAGCUCGCUGCUAACAACGGCAAGAACUUCACAGUCAUAGUCACAGAAGGCGGGCCAAAGAAGACUGGCAUGGAGGUCUCGAAGAAACUUAGCGCCGCCGGGAUCCCAGUGACCGUGAUCGUCGACUCGGCGGUGGCUUACACCAUGGACAGAGUGGACAUGGUGCUGGUCGGAGCCGAUGGCGUAGUGGAAAGCGGUGGGAUCAUCAACGUCAUCGGGACUUUCCAAGUCGCCUUGAUCGCUCACAGCAUGAAACGUCCAUUCUACGUCGCUGCCGAGAGCUUCAAGUUUGCGCGGCUCUAUCCUCUGGAUCAACAGGAUCUAUCAAUCUCCACGGGCCAGGAAGAAUCGAGUAACCCGGCCAGAGACUACACCCCUCCUCACUACUUGACGCUGCUCUUCACGGAUCUGGGAGUGUUGACGCCAUCGGCUGUAAGCGACGAGCUCAUCCAGCUCUAUCUCUAAGGAUCCAAGCUCGUCUCGUUCUUGGGCGAUUUCCUCUCGAUCCCCCAGACAAGGAAGCUAUGGAACUCGAUCGAGACGAAAGAGCUCUCAUACUUGAUCGAAGAACUUUGGAAACUCUAAAGGCUUCCAAGCAAAAAAUUUCCAUUUUGUAAAGAUGAAAGAUGGUCUAAAUUUGGAAGUUUUUAUACUUUCUUUUUGCCA